GGACGAGUGAGUCAGUAUGCAAACAUUGAAUGAUGUCGAUGUUAAACCGCCUUCCGUUUUUGAGCCUGUUCAAAUUCAAAACAAAGAACGGUAGUCGUUCACUUGCUUGUAGAAUGUAAGCGAAUUAUGUAAUGGAGCAUAAGAAAAACCUUAAAAUUGUUGUCAUCGGGGACGGUGCUGUGGGGAAGACGACAUUACUCAUGAGCUAUCUUAAGAAUGAUUUUCCAAACGACUAUGCUCCUACUGCGUUCGAUAAUUACACAGUUUCCGUGACAGUCAACAAUGUUCCAUGUACAGUUCAAUUCUGUGAUACAGCCGGUCAGGAGGAUUUUGACUCGCUGCGUCCAUUUUCAUAUCCACAAACAGAUGUUUUUAUCCUAUGUUUCAAUAUAAUGGCACCGUCGUCGUUUUACAAUGUUAAAGCACGCUGGUUGCCAGAAAUCAACAAAUAUAAACCGACCACGCCGUUUGUGCUGGUCGGUACCCAUUGUGAUCUUCGAUCGAACGUCGAAACCUUGAUAGAACUCAAAAACAACCGAAUGAUUCCUAUUACUAGAGAGCAGGCAGAAAUUUUAGCUCGAAAGAACAAUGCUGUUUGUUAUGUGGAAACAUCAGCUCUAACAUUGAAGAACGUUAAAAAGGUGUUUGACGAGGCAAUUGCUGCUGCCUUGUCGCCUUUCAGACGAAAACGCGCGCGUCGCUCUAAGAAACAUCGUGUCAAAUGUGUUAUUUUGUAGCAAUUUAAGCCGUGUAUAGAGUACGAAAUUCAAUGUCGUUAACUGCACUAUAUAUAGAGAUACACCGAGCGAAAAGUAUUUAUUUAAUUCAACGCAAUCUUCAAGUAGUUUCACAUGUCAUGAUGCAUUACUUUCAUUAUACAUUACGUUGACUUAAGAAAGAUAAACCUCAAGACAGCAUUUUCCACUUGGUCAGUAUCGUACUGCAUCUUAUCAAAAAAGUCUUUACGAAAAUAUUUACCUUUAUCAUUUGCUACAUUUUCAAGUUUGUAAUCAGUUUUGAUGCUUUACUAUACGUUCUCGAGUGAAAAACUGUGCAGAGGAAAAAGUCAAAAACCACUGUACAUAGCCUCUUUGUGAGAUGGAACAUAUAUUAGUAGUCCAAUAUUCAUUCAUUCGUCUUUAUGAUGUAAUUUUGUUCAUUUUUUCACAUGUUUUGUCUUGAAAUGAGACCGUUUUCCCAUCUUUGAACAGUUCAUUUUUCACGCUCAUAGUUGUACACAUUAAAUAAAAAUAUGAUCAAUCAUUCAACUUGCAGCCUAAA